AUGGCCCCGAGCAUGCGGCCGAAGCGCAAGACCCCCGCGGACGCCCAGUUCCUCACGGGCGACGACUACGCCGAGGCCCACGACCUCAGCGAGCGCGACGCCGUGCUCGGCGGCCGGCGGUGCCGCAAGAAGGCCAAGGGCGGCGCCGCCUCCUCGGGGGGCCAGCUCACGCAGGAGGAGCUCGGCCGCAUCGGCGGCCGCUGCGCCGGGCGCAUCGGCGAGAACCGCUACGUCGCGGGCGUCGUCAAGGACAGCCGGAGCCGGUGCCAGUUCCGCGGCUGCGCGCGGCGCUGCCUCGUGCCCGGCGACUCGCGCCUGGGCAAGCGGCCGCCGAGCCUGCGCCACGGCACGUCCCUCAAGACCACGUGGUACCACCUGCCCUGCGCGUUCGCGGCCUUCCGCGGCUGCGCGCGGAAGUCGAAGGUCGUCACGGCCCUCGCGGACAUCGAGGAGGGCCUCGACGAGCUCCCGGCGGAGGACCGGGCCCUCGUCGCCGCGCUCAUCGACGAGUUCAACGACGACCGCGCCCGCGAGGAGGCCGCGCGCGCGGCGAUCGCGCACGACGACCGCCGCGCGCCGCGGCCGCGGCGCGAGAGCCGCUGGGCGCGGCCCGCGGUCGUCUCCUUCGACGGCUCCACGGACGGCGAGUGGUCCGUCUACUCGUCGGCGUCCAAGCCGCACCCCUGCACCGUGUCGCUCGCGCUGCCCUCCCGGAGCCUCCUCGACGCGCCGCCGCCGCCGGUCGUCGUCCCGCGGAAGGCGCCGCCCCUCGUGCCCCGCCCCCGGUCCGCGAGCCUCGACGCCGACGUCGCCCUCGAGGCCCUCGACAACGACCGCUUCCUCGCGUCGCCGGGGCACUCGCCGCGCGGCGCCGCGCCGCCGCCGCCGCUCCAGCUCGAGACGGACGACGACGACGACGUCGCGGACUUCGACUUCUUCGACGGCUUCGACUUCGACGAGGCCUUCGGCCCGGGCUUCGAGGAGCCCCCGAAGCCGUCCUUCCUCGCGAAGCGCCUCCUCGACGACCCGGAGACCGACGCGGUCUUCGCGCUCUGCGCGCCCAUCGACGGCGACUGGCCCCUGCCCCUCGACCUUGCGGCCUCCGCGUGA